AUGGAGGCUACUCAAGUGGAUGUAGACAAUAUUAUCGAUAGAUUGUUAGAAGUCAGGGGUUCCAAGCCGGGACAACAAGUCGACUUGGAGGAACAUGAGAUUAGAUAUCUGUGUUCAAAGGCAAGAUCUAUAUUUAUCAAACAACCUAUCCUAUUAGAACUAGAAGCACCAAUCAAGAUCUGUGGUGAUAUCCAUGGUCAAUAUUACGAUCUGCUAAGAUUAUUUGAAUACGGUGGUUUCCCACCAGAAUCCAAUUAUUUGUUUUUAGGUGAUUAUGUCGAUAGAGGUAAACAAUCCUUGGAAACAAUUUGUUUGUUAUUAGCCUAUAAAAUUAAAUAUCCAGAAAAUUUCUUCAUAUUGAGAGGUAAUCAUGAAUGUGCUUCUAUUAAUAGAAUUUACGGGUUCUACGAUGAGUGUAAAAGACGUUAUAAUAUUAAAUUAUGGAAAACAUUUACAGAUUGUUUUAAUUGUUUGCCAAUUGCUGCAAUUAUUGAUGAAAAAAUCUUCUGUAUGCAUGGUGGUCUAUCACCUGAUUUGAAUAGUAUGGAACAAAUUAGAAGGGUUAUGAGACCAACUGAUAUACCAGAUGUUGGGUUGUUAUGUGACUUGUUAUGGUCUGAUCCUGAUAAAGAUAUAGUAGGCUGGAGUGAAAAUGAUAGAGGUGUAUCUUUCACGUUCGGUCCAGAUGUUGUAAAUAGAUUCCUUCAAAAACAAGACAUGGAAUUGAUCUGUAGAGCUCAUCAAGUCGUCGAAGAUGGUUAUGAAUUUUUUUCAAAGAGGCAAUUAGUAACCUUAUUCAGUGCUCCUAACUAUUGUGGUGAAUUCGAUAAUGCAGGUGCUAUGAUGAGUGUUGAUGAAAGUUUGUUAUGUUCUUUCCAAAUCUUAAAACCAGCUCAAAAGAGUCUUCCAAGGCAACAGGGUAAGAAGAAGAAAUAG